CGCCCCGUCCUUGCGUCACGCCAGACAGCAGAGCGGAGCUGAGCUCCCGUCUUCCUCCGCCGUAGAGCGCGCUGUGCUCGGCGCUCGCUUGCUCAGGCCUGCGAGGCCGUCGGCUGAGGGGGUGGUGUCGAGGGUGAUGCUCGUUGCUGUUGCCGCCGCCGCCGCCUGAGCCGGGCGCCCCGCGGCGGUGGGCACGGCGUUGGGCAUGGGCCUGGGAUCCAGCUCCGAGGUUCCCGAUGGCGGCGCCGAGGGCUUCCAUGUGCACGGGGUUCAAGAAAACUCCCCAGCUCAACAAGGAGGACUGGAACCUUUCUUUGAUUUCAUAAUUGCCAUAGGACACACUAGGCUUAAUAAGGAAAACAAUAUGCUGAAAGAUCUCCUGAAGGCAAAUGCUGAAAAAGCAGUGAAGCUGGAGGUGUAUAAUAUCAAAACAAUGAAAAUGAGAGAGGUGGAGGUGAUCCCCAGUAACAUGUGGGGAGGACAAGGUCUUCUUGGAGCCAGUGUGAGGUUCUGCAGUUUCCAGGGAGCCAAUGAACAUGUGUGGCAUGUUUUGGAUGUUGAACCUGCAUCUCCUGCAGCUCUAGCUGGUCUACAGCCAUACACUGACUAUGUUGUGGGAUCUGAUCAGAUUCUUCAGGAGUCGGAGGAUUUCUUUUCCCUGAUUGAAUCCCAUGAGGGGAAGCCGCUGAAGCUGAUGGUUUAUAACACUGAAGCAGAUUCCAUUCGAGAGGUAGUUGUGACUCCCAAUGGAGCUUGGGGUGGAGAAGGAAGUUUAGGAUGUGGUAUUGGAUAUGGCUACUUGCACAGAAUUCCAACACAGUCUGCAAUAGCCAAGAAAAAGCCAGAAAGCAAACCACCUUCACCCUUGCCAGAAGCUGGAACUCCUGUAGCAUCUACUGACGGCUACACGGAGACACCUUUACUGGCACCUACUUCUCAGAGUGACAACUGUGAAAUACUUAGGAACUUGGAUCAUUCCACAAAUCAAGAAAUGAGUAGUUAUUCACCAGAAAGCUCACUUUCUCCUCCUCCCCCUCUCCAGAGAGUUAUGGAUCCAGGAUUUCUAGAUAUGUCUGAUUCAUUUCCUGAACUUGCUAACUUAAAAGUGUCCGACAUGUCUUCAUCUGCCUCCUUUAACACACCAUCAGCAGAUGCCUUAGUAGGCACUGAGAAGUUAAUGUCAGACAAUGACGCUUCUGCUUGUUUUGAAGAUGCCACAGCUUUGGACCCUGAAGACGCAACCAUGUGUUCUGAAGGCUCAGUCAAGCAGCCUGAGUUGGAUGAGCUGCUGUCUUCAGUUCCAUCGUUACCUUCUUUAGCUCUUCCUCAUGAAAUCUCUUCAAACACAACAGCAGAAACUGAUUCCUUUGAAGAUGAAGUUAUGCGGUUCAACGACAGUAUUAAGAGUUCCUUAACCACUACACCGGUGUAACCAGAUGAAGCAGCACGUGAACAGAAAGAAGUGCACCAGAUGACAGGUGAAGUGGAUGCUGGUUUUGUUUACAGACUGCCAUGUGCUGUAACACUACAGCUUGGAGUAUUUUUCUGAUCCUGAAAGAAUUACAGUAAUUCUAUUUUGUUAGCAUAUUAUGAAAGAAAUCGUAUGAAAUAUGUAUCCUGUUAUCUCUUCCAAUUAUUUUUUAAUGGAUUGAUCUGUGUUCAAAUUUUGGAACUCUGUCCAAAAAUAAUCAAAUUAAUGGAGAAAUUAAUGCAGAAACAAGUUGGAGACUGGCAAAAAGUCAAGUUCCUGAAGUCACAUUUGCCUGCACAUGCCUGAACAGUGACAACUGAUGAUGAUUUUCUCAGUAUGAUUGACGGCAUUAAAAAAUAUUGAUGGUUUUGA